ACAAUCCGCCUAAAGUCACAAAAUGUUUCUUUCAAAAGUAUCAUACACAUUCCUUCAAUUUAAUACUAAACACAAUGACUAUUACUAAACAACCAGCUGUCUUUUAUGUUAACGCCGCACUUUUCGAUUGUGAUGGUACUUUAGUUAACUCUACUGGUGCUAUUUCUGAAUUCUGGAGAGAUUUCGGAAAGACCAGACCACAUGUCAACCCAGAAGAAAUCAUCAGAACCUCCCACGGUUGCAGAACUUUCGAUGUUAUUGCUAAGUGGUCUCCAGAAGAUGCUAUCCCAGACCAAGUUACUCAAUGGGAAGGUGACAUUCCAGACUCUUAUGGCCACGCUGCCAAGCCAAUCAAGGGUGCUGUUGAACUUGUCAAGUCUUUCGACAAGUUCUCUAGAGAAGAAACUGAAAACAAGAAGCAAAGAUGGGCCAUUGUUACCUCUGGUACUCUCCCAUUAGCCACCAAGUGGUUGAAGCUUCUUACUAUCGACCAACCAGAUUGUUUCAUCACCGCUGAAAAGGUCACCAAGGGUAAGCCACAUCCAAUGGGUUACCAAAACGCCAGAAACACCUUAGGAUACGAACCAGCCCACCACAAGGUUGUUGUCUUUGAAGAUGCUCCUGCUGGUAUCACUGCUGGUAAGGGUGCUGGUGCCAUGAUUGUUGGUAUCUGUUCCACUUACGAUCCAGAAAAGGUCAGAAACUCUGGUGCUGACAUUGUUGUUGAUGACCUUUCUUCAUUCAAGAUUGAGUCUUACAACAAGGAAACUGACGAAUUCAAGGUUGUCGUUUCUGACUACCACUUCGCAAAUGAAGAAUUUUUGCAAUCGGUUUAAGGUUUUUAUAGAGCAUGUAUAAUAGAAAGAUAUAAGAGAAUUAA